AUGCGUCGUGCGAGCCGGUUGCUGCUGGGGACCUGCCUCCUGGUCCUGGUCCUGGGCCCCGCGGUGCAGGGCGCCCCGGGCCAGUGCCCCGGCCUGUGCCACUGCCACGGCGACCUUCAGCACGUCAUCUGCGACGGCGUCGGGCUGAAGAAGAUCCCCCGGGUGUCGGAGGUCACCCGCCUGCUGAACCUGCAGCGGAACAACCUGGGCGCCAUUCCCACGGGCGCCUUCGGCGAAAGCAAGGGGCUCAUCUCCCUGCACAUGCAGCACUGCCGGCUCCGAGAGAUCGGAUCCCAGGCCUUCAAGGGGCUGAAGAAGCUCAUCUACCUCUACCUGUCCCACAACGACAUCACCAGCAUCAAGCCCGGCGCCUUCGAGGACCUGACCGAGCUCACCUACCUCUACCUGGACGGGAACCAGAUCGGCGAGCUCGCCAGGGGCAUCUUCUCGCCCAUGGUCAACCUCUUCAUCCUGCAGCUCAACGACAACAAGCUCCGGGAGCUGCGACCGGGGACCUUCGCGGGCGCCAAGGACUUGCGCUGGCUGCACAUGAGCGGCAACGAGCUGACGACGCUGCAGCCGGGCUCCCUGGACGACGUGGAGAACCUCGCCAUCCUUCACCUGGACCGGAACAAGAUGUCCAGCUACCCCGCCGCCGCCAUGAGCAAGCUGCGGGUGGUGGAGGAGCUCACGCUGGGGAGGAACCCCAUGAGGACCAUCCCCGACGUCGCCUUCCAGAGCUUCGGGCGCUACAUGGAGAAGCUCCAGCUGGACGGCAUGGGUCUGGAGAAGUUCUCCGACGGUGCGUUCGCCGGCGUGACGGCGGUCAAGUCCCUGAACCUGGACAACAACAAGCUGAGGUCUCUCCCCAAAAGCUUCGACUUCGGCACCGUCACCAACCUCACCCUCUCCAACAACCCCUGGAGCUGCUCGUGCCAGCUAGCUCCACUGCGCAGGUGGAUGGACUCCAGUCGCAUUCGUCCGGACGCGGUCUGCGCGUCUCCGCCUCAGCAGAAAGGAAAGCAAGUGAGAGACAGCUCCGCCUUCGGUGGCUGCAGAGUCAAGACCAAGAGAGCCAAGAAGGGCGCGCGCCUGCACGGCGCGCGCCAUUGAACAGGCGGCCGUGCAGGAGACGCCGCCGAGGGGGAGGAGCCCGUCCAGGUGACCGGCUACACGACGCUAACUCAUUCUACUUCAACGCCGUCCAUCUCUUCAUCAAGAUGUCACCAGUUUAAAAAAAAAAAAAAAAACACAUUCACAACGUCUCCCAUCGAGAGCUUCAUGCAGCCGGAGACGUUAACUUUUCUUUGAUCGUCAUCCGUUUACAUGAAAAGACAUUCAGGUAACAAAAACAAGAGGAUGCAUUCGAGUAAAUUAGGGCGCGCGCUGUCUUUUCACGGUGCAUUCAGGGGUCUUCGGGAUUAACCGUGAAAACAAAAACAGAUGUCGGAAUGUUAUGAGGAUGAUGUUACAAUAAAGUUUCAACGUUUUCAUUAGCAUGAAGAUAAUAACUCGAAACCAGGCGAGCUUAAAGAAAAUGUUCGACACUCUCACCGUAUUACAGAGAUCUAUGAAGAGGUUAGCUUAGCUUAGCAUAGUGACUAGAAACAGAGGGAAACCGCUAGCCUGGCUCUGUCCUAUCAGCACCUUAAAAGCUCACUAAUUAACAUGUA